CUCUAAGGGACUUCAUCGUGUAAGUUGAUGUCCAUUGCAAAUGGCGGAUAAACAGCCAAUCAGAGCUUUCGUAGUAUCUUCGUGCCACAUCAUCCACUACCAAAACCAACAUGGAGAGCGAUCAGUAAAAAUAUUUCAGUGUUUUUAGGUUGUAUUAUUUUGUAAAAUGUCUUGGCUGAGACCAAACUUGAAUAUCACGGACAGUCUGUCCUCUCUAUCCAACAUUACCGGCCAGAUUUCUAAUUUUACCCGAGAAAUGUUGACCGAAGGGACAGAGGAAGUCGCAGAUCCCUCAGCUGARUUAAAUGUAGCGAGACAUCACAUAAGAGAGCUAAAUGCAGCUUUGGAGAAUCAGAAAUUCGAGUUCGAGAGACUUACCAAAGUGAAUGACGAGCUACAAGAGAGAGUUGAAGCAGCUGAUUUACAAGCAAGACAAGUUGCCGAAGACUACAGGGGACAGUUAGGGAGCAAAGAGCAAAAAAUCCAACAAUUAAAGAAAGAGUUAGCUGCCAACAGCCAUGGUAAUCACGAUGAGAYUGCAUGGAACAGAAUUAGACAUGACUCCACUGAUAGUUUUGAUGAACAUGAAGAGAUAAAAAACCUCAAGAAUGAAAUUGUGAGGCUUCAAACUGAAUGCCAUCACUGGAAGACGUUAUCAAGCUCACAGGAAAGUCAGGAAAAGCUUCAUCGAGAAAUAGACCAAUAUCAACAUGAGUUGUCUACACUUCAAACCACAUACUCCAAAAAAAUUGCAAACUUAAACAAAAAGCAUAAAAUGGAAAUGCAGAAAUGGGAGGAUGAGAAGCAGGGAUAUCUCAGAAAGAUAGAUGACCUACAACAUGAACUCAACAUACUGGAAGAGGUYGACAAUCUUGAAGGAAUGAAGCCAAGUAGUGAUGAUGAUAUCAGCGCUUUAAAAGAGGAACUUGAUUUGACCCGUAAUACAAUUACUCAACAYCGCCAACAGCUUGAGAAGGCUUUUGCCUCCAUAAACGCAAAAGAUGAAGAACUUGURAAUCUCAGAAGAGAGCUUGAGGAGUCUACAAGUAAGUUGAAUGAAACACAAGAGGAAUUGCAAGUUACAAAUGAAAUAAGAGACAUGCACRAAGAGACUUUAGGAGUUGGAUCUUUACAAGAACAGCUUGUAGAAAAAGAGAAUAAAUUAGCUUCACUUUCAAAUGAUUUAAACCUGCUCAAAGAACAACUGCAGGAAAAGGACACUGAAAUUGAAUCUAUUGGAAAAGAAAGAGAUAGGAUUCAAAAUGAGAAGGACAGUCUACGCCAUUCUCUAGAUGAGAUUAAGGAGGACCUUGCAUCUUUAAAUGCCUCAACACUAGAGUUAAUGGAGGAGCUUGAGUUUUCCCAUGGUGCACAGCAAGAGCAGCGUGUGGAAAUUGAGAGCUUGAGAAAAGUYUGUUUGGUUGAGGGCGAUGCUAAAGAUGAGAUUAUACACCUCAAAAACAUUAUCAGUGCCCUGUGGGAGCGUUAUCUGGCAACACUGCAGCUUUAUCAGAAGGUCAGACACGAUUUGCACUCAAGCAAUCAAAGACUAAUGGCACAGUUGAAAGCCAGACAUGUAAURAACCCCUCUAAUUUUUCUGUGCUGGCCGAAAGUAAACAAGAAGAAUUGGCUUACACUGCUUGCCAGCUUCUGUUAAGUUUGUUUGCCGACAAGGAGCAAAUGCUUGAGCUUAAAGAAAAACUUGCAAACAACCAGUCCAUCCGCCAGCAAGUCGCCGACGUAAAAGCCAAAUUAACCAACUCCAACUCUAAGCGUCGCGACAAAGUUCUCCAAGAGAAAGACCAAUUGAUUCAAAAAUCGUCUGAAUUAAGGACGCAAAUUGAUGAGCAAGAAAGCGUCGUGGAAGACCUUCGAGCAGACAACGAACAAAUAUUCCAGGAAACUAAGGAAAUGAUAACAGACAUAGGUUGUCAGACAACUGCUGAUACUCUUGAUGAAGGAAACGAUUUGAUCGUGUCUUUGCAAGCGGAAAAAACCGUUCUUGAAGAAACGAUCGUCGGCCUGCAAAACAAAGUUCAAGAACUCCGACAGAAAGUCCGGGUACUCGAAGGAAGACCUGUCAGAAUAAGUGAUAUUGAUUUUGAAGAAAAGGUGUUCGAUAAUUCAGAUAUUGUCGAAACGGAGGUCGAAUCCAUGGAAAGUAUACCUCUUAACGAGGAGAAUUCCUUGAAUAAGACUGAUAAGCUUCGAAGUGAGGGCGAAUCCAGACAGAUUGAGAAUUAUGAAAGGAUCAUCGAACAACUUAAUGAACAAAUAGAAGAAUACCGAACAAACAUUGAAGACUUUGAAUACAUCAAGUCUGACUUGGAAAAUGACAAAAGUGCUUUGGAGCAAGUGGUAAUUGAUCUUAAAUCUCAAAUAAAACAGCUUAAAGAGAGCUUAAAGACGGACGAGGAGACGAAAGAAAAAGCAAGCGCCGAAGACUCGAGAACAAUAGAAAUAUUACGACAAGAAAAUGGUGAUCUCGUUCAGCAACGGUUUGACUUGAUCAAAUCUCUACGAGGCUUUGAAAACGAGCUAGUUUCCUCUGAAGUUAUUAAUAAAGAUGAUGUCUGUGAGUUUGAGGAUGAGAUCGAAAGAGCUGAUGUGCUGAAACUUCAUUUGAAAGAGUGGGUCAUUCGAACGAGGACAGAGCUAAGGGAAUAUCGAGAAAGGCACACCAACGACGAGUCGGCUAUGAGUAUCAGUCUUGAAGAGAAGUCUACUAUCGAGAAACACUAUCAAGAUGCUAAAAAAGCUCUGGAGGAACUAGAAUGGGACAACUCUCUUCUUAGAGAGCAAACGAACGAUCUUAUCAAUCAAAUUGAAGCCAAAACAACUGAAGUCGAACUUAUCAGCGCACAACUCGAGGAGAAAUGCUACGAGGCGAAGAACUUCGAAGAAAGUAAACAAAGUAUGAUGGCAAUGAUAAACGAAAGAGACGAAAAGAUCCUCGAAAUGCAGGACAGCUUUGACUCUCAGAUGCUAGAUGUUUCUUCRUCGAAGGAAAACGAUAUUGAAAUGUUGCGUGCUGAGCAAGACGGGAUGUUUCACCUGCUGGAAGAGAAAAGGAAGGAAGCUGAGGACUUCAAAAAAGCAAACGACGAUUUAAUGAACUCAUUCCAGGAGAAAAAUCACGCGUUUGAAGAAGUCAGCUUUGAAAACAGGAGCCUUUCGGAGCAUGUCCGGGAGAGUGAGCUGUUACUGCGUGACCUGCGUAACGAGAAGGAAAAUCUUCUGGCUUUGUUGCAAAGCAAGGACCAACUUGUCAACUCGCUUACCGAAGAGUCAAAGGCGUUAGGCGUUGAAAGAGAUAACCUAUGUGAUUCCAUCCAGGAAAUCCAGCACAAAUUACAUAGUAAAGARAAAGAAYUGUCUGAACUUUCUCAUCUACAGUUUGAGGUGGAACAACUUGGCUUUCAAGUGAAGGAUGGUGAGUUCAGCAGAAAGACCUUAGAGGAUAGAAUUGGAGCACUUUCAGCWGARAACGAGAGAUUAAACACGUCUUUAGAAGAAAAGAACCUGACUCUAGGGGUAUUAGAGCGGGAGCUUAAAGAGAAGAGAAGCGAAUUUGAACACUUGGAAAUGGAGAUGGAUAAAUUGAAUGAGUUGGUUGGCAGCAACGCAGCAACGAGAAGAGAACUGGACCACCAGUUAACAUCUUUAAGAAGAAAGAAAGAAGAGCUAGAGAAACAUUUGGAAGACAAAGAAACUGCAGUAGAUAAUCUAAAGCUUGAUUUGAGAGAAAAAGGCGCCGAAAACGAUCUACUGCGGCUAGAAGUGGCGAAAAUYAAUAAAAACUUGAAAGARAAAGAAGGACUAUUGCAAAGUCAGRCGGGUACGUCGACUGUUGACGGACACCAUUCCYCUCAAGGACAAAUCUCUCAAAURAUGCGCCUUCUUCAAGAAAAAGACCAAGAAAUUGAAGCCAUGAAGCAGAAAGAAGCGUCACUGAUAGCCGCAGUCAACCAGACUGAUCAGUCGAGCAAUGAAGCUCUCGAUCACUAUAUACAACAAAUCACUCAUUUGACCGAAGAGACCAACCGACUAAUGGCGGAGCUGGAGUUGAAAGACGAGCAGUUACUUUCAAUGAAUGACCGUCUGGAAGUCCUACAGGACAAAAUGAGUGGGAAAGCACAAGCUUCAGUUGUCUUACAAGGAGAGCACAACAGGUUGCUUGCAUUAAACGAGUCACAGGGCAACGAAAUCGCCAAGAUGAGAGAGAAGAAUGAUUACAUUAUGAAAUUGCUUGAUGACAAAGAGAAAUCAAACCAUGAUGAGCUCAUUAGAUUGCAAAAUGAGUACAUGCAGCAUAUCAACAGUCUAAAGCAAGAACAAGAACGAUUACUGACGCUUAUCAGUGAAAAGGACAGACAAAUUGUUGCUUUGGCAGAUGCGUCGACUCCARUGGCAKYUKCCMAAACWCAUUCWACAAAUUURCCGUUAGGAGGACUUUGGCAACAGGAAAUUGAAYCAGCUCAACAGGAAAACCUUUCUAGUCAYGAAGUACRAAUCAAAGAGCAACAAAUAUCAGUUUUAGAAGGACAAUUAUCAAAUUUGAAUAGAAAUCUCAGAGAAAAAGCUGAUCGUACAGAGCAGCUGGAGAAGGAAUUGAAUGAAUUGCGCUCAAGUUCGGAAUCCUCAAAACAUGAACUAAACGAACUUCGAAGUAAGUCGUCGUCUUUACGCSAGAAGGAGGAUAAGAUAUUUAAUCUUGAGAAGGAAGUAAGAACUUUGAACGACGCUUUACAUUCUCGACAAAAAGAAUUAGAAUUAGUUCAGGAAUCUCAUUCAAACUUCAAAGAAUCCUUGUCACUCGAAAACGAGAAUUUACGACAAGAGAAGGACGAACUUCAUUACACAACAAGCAAAGAAAUCACAGAAUUAMAAAACAAACUUAUAAGGGCUCUGAAUUCUUUAGGUGACUGUAAUUUUACUCUAGGAGAAGGUUUUGAGGACGUCGAUAAGAAUUAUUCAGGAAUUAUCCAGAGAAUUAUCAACCAGAGAACUAAUGUACUUCGCGAGAAGGAUAACGAAAUUCGUAGUUUAAAGAACCAAAUUUCAAAUCUAAAUGUACUGACACAKUCUUCGGAUUCAAGAGACUUCGAAUUGAGGGAAGUUUUACGAGAGAAAGAAGAUCUCAGUGAGCAAAUUAUCAAGAUACAAAAUGAGAAAGAGGAUUUGCUACAAGAAAAGGAAAGUAUAGUUGCAGAUUUACAAAGUCAGGUGAUAAACCUAACAAAAGUUGUUACGGAAAAUGAAAGAAAUAAAGGACAUGACUUAGAGAGAUCUACUCGAGAAAAACAACGRAUUGAAAACGAAUUCGAGAAGCUWAAAAUCGAGAAAGAAAAGAACGAAGCYAUCUUGUCGCAGAAGGACAACCAAAUUGAGAAACUUUCUGUAGAAAGCAAUCGUCUUUCRAAUUUACUAGCUGAAGAGAARUCAAACGCUGCCAAACUUCAUGUCAAUAGUGAACAAUAUCAGCAGGUUUUACAGGAUAAAGAUAACCGGAUUAACGAGUUAUCGAGGGAGAAGGAAGAACAAACGAGAAAGGUUGACAGUCUUCAGGAACGAAUUGCAACUCUACAAAGCGAUUUGUCAAAGGCUAAYGGCGGCCAGAAGGAAGCUCAAGCCAAGUCGACCAGAGAGCUCGAUCGACUGCGGGAGCAUUUGAUCAAGGUCGAAGAGAGCUACACGAGAGAAGCGUUGGAAGCAGAGGAACGCGAGAAGAACCUGCGUAUCAGACUAGCACAGGCUGAGGAACAGAUUCUAUCUAGUUCGCACUCCAUGCAAGAUAGGAGUCGUCAGGCUAAUCAGCAGCUCGAGAGUCUACAAGAACAGCUUCACUCUGUUGCCGGKCAGCGGGACGAGGCAGUCAUGCAGCUAGCCGCUGUACAAGAACAGGCUCAACAAUAUGCUACGUCACUKGACAAUCUACAGAUGGUUUUAGAACAAUUUCAACGAGAGAAAGAAGCUCAGCUGUCAGUGGAAAGGGACAAUGCUCAAAAACACAUCAAUGCGGCUCGUGCUGAAGUCAUGCAGAUGCAACAUCGUGAAAACCAGCUAAGAGUCCAGUUACAAAACGCUGCUGCUAUCGAACACGAGGUUCAUCGCUUAMAACAAGAGCUGACCAACAAAGAUGAAGAGAUACUGCARCACAAGACCACAGUUUCCAAGAUGGAGGAAGAUCUUCGCAUCAGCCAUAACGUCAUAAAAGAAAUGAACAGCUCUAAUGAUAACAAAGUAGACAAAACAUUACUGCGCAACCUUCUAAAAGGCUACUUUAACACUCCUGAGGCCAAGAGAGCUGACGUUGUUCACGUUAUCGGGGGAUUGUUGGGUUUUACUCAAGAAGAACUUGAAAAGAUUGGUUCAGGCUCUAGUCCUCCCAAUCAAGGUGGAUGGAUUUCAAGUUUGUUACCAUUCGGCGGUACACCACGCUCGCCGUCAGUAAAAAACAAACCUGUUGAUAUCGACAAGUCCUUUUCGGAACUGUUUGUAAAUUUCCUUCAACACGAAUCCGAUGCAGAAGCCACACCUCUUCAAGGUCGCCGUGGAAACGCCACCAAUCCACUUCUUUCAGGACUGACAUCAAACUCAAUGCCGCUGGCCCCACCACCUACAGACCGUAGGAGUCAAAUAGCGAGYUCAACGCCCAUUCCUACUAAACACCUCCCUGCUGGGACCACGCCUCCCGUAACCAUGCCAACCACCCCAGCAGGGCCAACAGCGACGCCCAUGGURCCCACCUCCGCCCUGUCUAUGGGGGGUAUAUCACCAAUUACACCUUUGGCUCCACCAGGCAURACAGGGAAUCAUUUGCCACCCAAACCGACCAUUAGUAAUUUGAUGGAUCCUAUGGGGACGAGACCGCAAAUGGUCCAGGGUGCGCCUGUCAGUGGAAAUCCUCUUCUUGUUGGUUCAAUGGCGACUGUUCAGACCUUACCGUCCAUUACAWCGUCUGGUUCUUCGUCUUUACGUAACGUUCUCUUUCAAACUGGUCCAAAAUGACCUUAAAUUAUCAAGAUAGUUUAUAUAGAUAUCAUGUUCGGUGAUGUUAGUGGAAAUACUGCCAUGAUAGCGUACCUCUCUUGCCCAAGGCGUAGAGUCAGUUUCGUUUAUAUAUGAAAUUUAGGAGUUAGUCUUUACAAUUGAAUAAAAAACUUUGGGAUUUUGAAAAAAAAAAGAGUUUAUUGAAGCAGUGAAUGACUCUUUGUGACUUUUUUUGGAAGACACGUUUUGUUAAAACUCAAGCAAUUCAAAGGGAUUCCUUAGAAGAAUUUCACAAUAUCUCUGGCAUUCAUACAUAACCGUACAGAAGGUACAAUUUCUUCAUCCAGUAAUUAAGAAAGGUUUUCUAUAAACUUGUCAUUGCUUUACUGGACUUGCAAAGCAGUUCACUUCGCUAUUUAGUGCAUUCCUGGACCUGGUGACAUUUGAAAAUACGAAUAAAUAUUUAUAAGAAUUACUCAAGAGUAAAAAUAAAACACAUUCACUUGA